AUGUCCUACAGUGUGAAUUGUGCAAGAUCCUUAAGGAGUCAGAGUCAGAGUCAGAGUCAGAGUCAGAGUCAGAGUCAGAGUCAGAGUCAGAGUCAGAGUCAGAGUCAGAGUCAGAGUCAGAGUCAGAGUCAGAGUCAGAGUCAGAGUCAGAGUCAGAGUCAGAGUCAGAGUCAGAGUCAGAGUCAGAGUCAGAGUCAGAGUCAGAGUCAGAGUCAGAGUCAGAGUCAGAGUCAGAGUCAGAGUCAGAGUCAGAGUCAGAGUCAGAGUCAGAGUCAGAGUCAGAGUCAGAGUCAGAGUCAGAGUCAGAGUCAGAGUCAGAGUCAGAGUCAGAAGAGUCAGAGAGUCAGAGAGUCAGAGAGUCAGAGAGUCAGAGAGUCAGAGAGUCAGAGAGUCAGAGAGUCAGAGAGUCAGAGAGGUGAUGUGGUCCAGGGAAUCGUCCACUGGAUCGUCGAGUCGUCGCAUAUGGCCAAGUCGUACGUACUCGUCCAUGAAUUCAUGGUAGGCUACUUUAACUGCUUCAUCACGAUCAUGUCUGCGUUCCAAGCAUCGCAGACGACCUUCGGCGAUAGCUCGAGACUCACCGAGUUGAACAUAGGGAUCCUCUGA